GGGAUGCGUCACGAUGCCGUGGCAGCCUCCGGCGGUGGAGGACAACGGGUCGAACAACGAAGACGGGUUCACCGCCGCUGACCAACACGUCCAUCACGCUGCCAAGAAGAAGCUGCUGGAAGACCUCGCGUCACGACGUCUGGCGACCCAUGACGGCACGCCGUCGGUGAAGGAUGAACGCCGGUGCAACUUUGAGAUUGUGACCGUCCCGCUGCGUCAGAAGAAGGUCGAAGCGAAGCCUGUGGUAGUGGCAGAAGAACCGGAAACAGACGAUCUUAGCGGCCAUCUCGAUGCAUGGGAGAACUCGUGGCAAGGCGAUUUGAAGCUGCACAAGAAGCGUAUCAUGCACGAAAUUUGGACCGAUCCGCGCGACCCUGCCAUGGGGCGCAUGUUGGCAAUACAAAACAUCACGCAGAUCCAUGGACAGAAGCUCAUGGAGAAGAUCCACAAAGCGAUGGACGCAAUCGGGGACGCGCUCUUUGUCAGCAUGCGCGCUACAUACGUCAAGACGUACCAGAACGGGAUGUUCACGACCGACCAAACAAUCACGCGGUUGCUGUCGUCGUUCAAAAUCGAAGUCCGGACAGUCUUGACCGCCGACGCCGUUCGCCAAAAGGUGUUGCUCGAGUGCAUGGAAGAGUUGUUUGGGUCGUCGGAGCAACACAUGGGGGCCGGGAUGACGCUGCAUCGCUUCAAGUUGGAGGCGAUGGACCACUACUUAGAAGCCCACCGCGCGCAUGGAAACCACCCAAGUCAGCCUAGUUCUCGAUCAGCGACGGCACCGCCACUGCAUGCGUCGCCGCAUGUCACCAUGUCCCGAGCCGCCAAGGAGCGCAGGUUUCAGAUCCUGUGCGAUCAAGUCGAAGACUACCAAUGGACGACUCAGAGCCACAUGCUCACGUACUGCGGCAUGAACUCGUCCGAUUCGUUGGCGCACCUGCGCAAAAUCCUCCUCCUUCUCUGCCGCCUUCCGUCCCUCGAGCUCGUCCCGCUCCCGUUCAAAGCUGAAAUGGCCAAAGCCACGACGUUGGUCCACUUGCGCCCAGGUGAUGCAAUCGCGUCUGCAGAUGUCGUGUCGCCGCACAUGUACAUGGUUCUCAACGGCCGUGUGGACAUGGCUACGGGCGGUGAGGGGAGUAGUCCAAUUCAAAAAGAUGCCGAGACGGACUGGAUUGUCGGCGGAGACAUGGACGUAUUGCUCUCCCGACCUGGCGGGGUCGAUUUGACCGCGUCGUCGGCGGACGUGGCCGUGGCGAUUCUACCCAAAGCCGACGUUGAGGCGAUCCUGAGGCAAUCGUUUCACCCGACGUCGCUCUUGGACAAGCAUGGCAAGUUCAAAUCGGUCCCGCACCACCAACGUCUCGCGGUCAAGCCCAAGCCCCCGCCGUCGACGGGAGGUGUCCACCGCCCGCGAUCCAUAGCCCAGAUCGUCAAAAUCACCACGGCACUCCCCCGCCACCAACGCGACCGCAUCAAGCGGACAAAGUGCACCGAGUCGAGAAUGUUUUCCGAAGCAUACAUCAAGACCCAACGCGAAGCUAAACAUGCUGCGACCGAAGCGACGGACGACGAUGCAGCUUGUCAUGAGCACGAGAAACCCAACCGGAUCGACGCGGACGAUGCCAACGACGUUGGCGAACACGACCAGGGCUAUCCAAGCCCCCAUCGAAAUAGUAGCGUAACCAGCAUCGUGCCGCGCAAGUUGUCGUCUUUGUCUCUCUCGCGGCCAAAGGCAGUGCCGUCGAUUUCGUCGCCAGCGUUUGAAUUCUUCCCGACCUUUUCCGACCGCUUCGACCCGACCCAGUUAGACGUGCUGUUCCUGCCAUCGAUUCCAUUUCCCAUGGACGAAAUGCGCCUCACCGACAUCGGACCGCCGUGUCCAGAUGCCCCAAGCUUUGUCAUGCCGCCGCGGGUUCAAAUCGACAUGGCUGUGCUACUUUUGGACCAGCUCCAACUCCUGUGCAAAACGCAAGCGCCGUCCGCUACCGUCACCCGUGACAAGCGGCGUCAGUCCGUCGACAGCCAAGCGUCGAUGUCGACAGUCAUGCAGCACCAAGCGCCCCUCGUUUUUCAUGUCCACGACGACUCGAACGCAGACGAAUCGUCCCUCGUCUCGCUCGCGCCACUGACGUUGCAGCAGUUUAUUGACGGGCGGAAAACGGUCACGGCGGCCGCAGUCAAGGGGCAAAAGGUCCCUUUUGCGUCCGUGUCCCUCUACUGCGUCGACUGGAACCAACCCAUGUGUGACGUCGCCGAAGAACCUGUCGCAAAGGAGAAUGGCGUGCCCGACGACGACGCGUGGCUGAGCGUGGUCAACGCGGCCAUGGGCAACCAAGAGGCCGUCCCAGCCAACGAUAGUAUUGCGCCGUCGAGAACGCGACCCGCAGAAAGCGAGUUAUCUGGAAGUCUUCGUCGAAAGAGCCGCCGCUUGUCCGUGGCACAAGACACCAUCGACAAUGCAGGCGAUGUGGAUGGCAAAAAUACUCGACGAAAGCAGUCGGCGGGGACAUCCGGAGGCCGUCGCCGCCGAUCGUCUAGCACGCAUGGUGGCGAUUCCGAACGCGACAACGACGACUUGGAAUUGUCGGACAGUGUCAGCGAAUUGGCGCCGUCGCGCGCCGUCCACGACGGAAGCACGCUGUCGCCCCAGCGAUCGUUCAUCACUGAAUUUGAUGACAUUCCUCCUGACACCCCACGCGACGGCACGGCAGACAAUACCGACACCAAACACUUGUUCAACAUUGAGUCGAAGCGCCAGACGAAACAAACCACCGUGUCCCGGAGGCGCAUGCUCGCUUCGACCGAGCCGUCGCGCGUUCAAUCACAGUCCCGCCGAGAAGUGUACAAAAAAGUUAUCUGCCAAGUGUCGACACUGGACGCGCCUGUUGAAACCGACCCGACCCUGCACCUCAAGCAGCUCGAGAUUGAGCAAAAGCUCCAGGACGAAAUCGGCAAAGCCAUGCUCGAGGACGGCAAACCGUGUCCAUGGCGCAUCAACCUCCAGCAACGCAUGGAAGCGGUCCUAUCGGCGCUUCAGCUGUCGGCGCGAAAGAAGCUUGCCGUUGUGAUGAAGUACACGUCGCUCAAACACUCGGCCAACCUCGAAGCUGCGCUCGAUUUGUGGGAAAAGGCGGCCAAUUGCAUCAUGGACCGAGAAACAACUCUCCAACGCGUGUACGAGUUUGAGCUUGUCGCGAGCGAUCCACGGCGGCUUUUUCAAACUAUCUCGACGUUGCGGCUGAAAGUAUGUGACUUGGCGGGUAUUUCCACGCUUCUGUAGCAACUUUUGUGAAUUCAGGAACAACGCCAACGCGAUCGGCUCUUUCUACUACUCAACAACCACACCGACUUUUGCAAAAAGGUGCUGGACGAUCUCGUGACCAAGUACGGCGACGUCGUGUUCUACCAGGACCGAUCGUACGCGGACAAGAUGCAGCACGACUACACCGAGCUCUUGUACGAACUCGAGCAAGUCCGGCUGCGCGUGUACUUUGGCGGCGUCCACCCCGACGUUCCGAAAGCAGACCCACCCAAACCUCUGCCGAAUUCAAACAUCACCAUCACUGACUCGACCAUGACGUCCCACGCCGUGCCGAUCCCUGAAAUUUCCCCCCAAGUCACAGUAUCAUCGCAUGCAGUACAAGGCAGAGGGUCACCAGUCCAGCAUGAACCAACCUCGACACCAGACAAGGUUCCGUCUGGUGCUGCGAGCCAAUAUGCGGUGGACUCUCGUCCCACUGCGCAGAAUCGAGGCGGCAGGAAGUCACGAUUUGCUCAAGCAGAACCUAGCGGGGUCCAAACUGCGGGAUACAACGGACAUCUCGUGGAAAUUGUGAAAGAACGGGGAGAUGCCACGCUCGCUGCGCUCAAAGCAGAGCUUCGUCGCAAACAUUUGGAGGAGAUGGCAGCAAAGGCCCAAGCGAAACUCGAGGCUACGCAGGACAAGAUCAACCGUCGACGACACCCGUCGCGACCGCCCCGACCGAAACCCGUUCAGAAAUCGAUUCAAGAUACGUUGGCACAACUGCUGGGAAAGCUUCGACCAACGCCACCAUCGGAAGAACCUCCUCGACCGUUGCUAGGGAUCAAUAUGUCCUAAUCCACUGAGGGCCGAGCGACAACUUCAAACGUCGCGACUGUCGCAGGAUAUUAUCGAGAGUCGAAAGCGUCGUAAGGAUUUCGUCUUGCAGCACGACAGGUUUGAACACGCGAUUAUAAGGGAACGACAUUGAUGGAAUGUGUGGCA